UCGCAUUUGUUUUCGUUUCGGAAAAGUGGAACUGGAAAUUAAAACAAUUUAAAUAGUGCUUGUAAAUGUAAUUUUUCCUAUAAUUUUGUUAUGGAAUUCAGAUAAAUGGAAAUGUUUUCAUAGUUUAUGUUAAGGAAAAUCUAAUACUCAGCUCAGGAAGGCUUGAGCCUUGAGUGUUUAUUGUGAAAAUGGAGGACAACAUAAAAUCGAAAAAUAUGUGUUGUCUUGGCUGUUUGGUGAAAAACAAUGAACUUCCCUUGGAAAUGAUAACCCUACAGAAUGGAACUAUGAAGGCAAUACUACAGAUGGAGAAUUUAGUUCUAUGUUAUAUUUGCAAGAGAAUAGCUCAACAUGUGGAGUUAUUCAUACAAAAUGUUCAAAGCAAUCAAAUAUUAAUGGAAAACUUUAGUAUCGAUACAGACUCGGCCUUUGAAAUAAUACGAUCGCAGACUCAACCUUUAGUGAACCUCACACACCUAACACUGGACAGUAUAGAACUCUCCGGUGACGUGAUGAGUACGGAAGAGAAAUAUGCGAUGUUUCACUCUUCAAAUAAAGUGAAGAUAAAACUUGAAGAGGUUAAGGAAGAGAAUGAGUUGUUGGACCACUUGGAGGGGGAGUAUGUUGAUGAUGAUUCAGAUUUCCAGGGUCAAUUUGUGAAGGAAGAAGAUGAUUUUCCAUUAAAAGAGUUGUUCAAAACGGAAAUAGAAAAUGGAAUUGUCUCCAAACACAGAAAGAUGACUAGAAAGAAACACAAAAUAAAAAAUAAGACUAAAGUGAAAAUAGAGGAUGACAGUGAUUUACAGAAUGAUAUGUAUAAAGUAGAACAAAUAUUGAUAACGAGGGAACAAUGUAUGAAAGAGAGGGAAAACAAUAGAGCAGAUAAGAAAUAUCUCAAUUCUACGUUUAAGUGUGAAGACUGCAUAAAAGGAUUUAUUUUUAAAGCGAGCUUCGAAAAGCACAUGGAGAAACAUAGUGAGAGAAUGGGCGACUAUGUAUGUGAUAUUUGUAAACAAAGAACAAAUUCCGAGGAGAAAUUGUUAGCGCACAAGAAGUAUCAUGAAAUUCGUUACAAGUGCAAAGCGUGCGAUUUGACCAGAAUAUGUCGCAGCACGAUAUUGGACCACUACGCCGCCUACCACUGUUGCGACUGCGCACGUCAUGUCUGCUCACAUUGCUCCAAGCAGUUCAAACGCAAAGCAUCAUUGAGAAAGCACAUCUUCAACCGGCACCGGCAAAAAGAGAGGGUGUUGUGUGUUUACUGCAGCAAGACGUACGCCAGCGUGGAAGUACUCAAGUCUCAUAUGAUAACGAGACACCCGAAAGAGGUGUCCGCCGUGAAAAGGAGUAAAAAGUGCGUGUGUCAAUCGUGCGGUAUGGCGUUCAAUUCCCCGUCGCAACUGAAGAAACAUUCUUUGAAACAUUCAGACGCCAAGGAUCACUACUGCGUGGAGUGUGAUAAGAGUUUUAAGACUGAAGAAACGUUGAAAUAUCAUCUUACGACGACCUCGAUACACGUCAACUAUAUGGAGCUAAGGUACCCGUGCUUACAUUGUGACAAGCGUUUUGGAACCAAACGAAAUCUGGAACACCACACGAACAGGAUUCAUUUGAAACUGAAACCGUUCCCUUGCGAUAGUUGUGAAAAGGCUUACGUCACAAAUUGGGCGUUAUCUGAACACAAGCGACUCGUCCACGAGGGGUACAAGAGACCUCUCAGAUUCCCCUGUCCGAUGUGUGACAGGGUUUUUGACCGUAAUCAGAUCCUGAAGGCUCAUCUUCGGACACAUACAGGUGAAAGACCAUAUCAAUGUGCAAAAUGUCCGGCGUCUUUUGGACAAUCCAGCGCCCUGGGCACCCAUAAUAAGCUGAUACAUCUUCGACUGACCAGGGACGGGAAACCUAAGGCCGCUGUCAAAUAACAAUAAAUAAAUAAUUAAUAAAUAAAUAAAUAUAUACGGGACAAAUUACACUGAUUGAGUUAGGCCUCGAAGUAAGUUCGAGACUUGUGUUACGAGAUAUUAACUCAACGAUACUAUAUUUUUAUAAUAAAUACUUAUAUAGAUAAACAUCCAAGAUCCAGGCCAAUCAGAAAAAGUUCUUUUCUCAUCAUGCCCUGGCCGGGAUUCGAACCCGGGACCUCUGGUGUCACAGACAAGCGUUCUGCCGCUGCGCCACAGAUGCCGUCGAUAUAAUAACAAUAUAGAAUUAUGAAGACUUGUUUAGUUAUCUUCCAAGCUUUAGUCCCGGUUGCAUCUUCAGCAAUCAGGAUAGGAGCCCGGGGUGCGCCUUUGUCCAUUGUCUGUGACACCGGAGGUCCCAGGUUCGAAUCUCGGCCAGGGCAUGAUGAGAAACGAAGUGGGUCUCGGAUGAUUAUUCUUCCUCAUCGCUUUAGUCCCGGUUGCAUCCUCACCACUCUGGAGAGGAGCCCGGGGUGCGCCUUUGACCUUGGAUCCUGGAUUGGGUGAGUCAGGUUUUUACACGAAGCGACUUCCAUCUGACCUCCGCAAUAUUUGCAGGGGAACCUAACCCGUGUUGGAUCGAUCAUGGUUACACAUCCAGUUGCCUGAAUGUGCAGGUUUCCUCGCGAUGUUUUCUCUAUUGAAACUAAUACUUCGGAAAUAGUCAUUGGUGCACGGCCGUGGGAAUUGAACCUGUACCUCUUAACUUUGAACUAGGUGAAAAAGUUUCCCUUAGUCACCUUCUACGACAUUCACGGGUAAGAGAUGGAGUAAACACUAUGAAUAUCUCCUUGUAAAAUUUAAUCUAUACUUGUAUAGACGAAAUAUGGAUUUACACUUUAUGUAAUUCUAUGUUAUUUUAAAUUAUUUUUCUGCCUUUCCCAAACGGAAAUAACUUAGUAUAUUUCCACGAGAUUUGAACCCACAGACUCCGUUAGGCAAACGCCUUCCCCACUAGGUUGUAGGUACCUUAUUUGUACUAGUCUAAAAUAAAUAAUCGUUAUGUAAAUAAUAUAA